AUGUUUGUUUUUAGGUUUGUGAAUACCAGUCUGAUCCAUGUCACCAUUGUCAUCAUGACUGAUGCCCAAAGAAACACGAGGAACUACAAUGAUUUAAAGAAUGAAGAUGGCUAUGAAAUCUCCAUCCCAUUUGAGGACAGCAAUGUAGAUGAAUCUGGUUUCUUUAAUCAGCAUGGCCAAGCCUUUGAUGAUUCGAGCCAGGUUUCUGCUUGCAGUCCGUACUUUUUGAUUUCUACCCUCCGCGCCCAGCUGCAGAUUUCUUUAGAGAAGAAUUCCUGGCUCCAGAAGCGCAUCGAAGAUCUGGAGGAGGAGAGGGACUUUCUACGCUGCCAACUCGACAGAUUCAUUUUCACAACCAGGAGCCAGGAGAGGAAUGACCCUCAGAUAGAGGCUGUACAGCACCCUACCAAACAGAAGCCUGUCAUUCGGAAGACAUCCACCCCUUCUCCAACACCCAUGAUGACACGAUCCGGCCAGAUUCUUACACGCAACCAGCUGAAAAAGCGCAGCAGACAAAGCAGUGUGCAAGAUGAUGAUGAAGAAGAGGAGGAAGUAAUUGAAGAGGAAGAGUAUAUAGAAGAGGACGGCUACUUGGAAGAAGAACAGAUUGUUACAGAUGAUGAUAACGAUGAUUUAGAUUGUAAAAGUUCCCGAAAGGGCCGUACAGGUAAACCGAACCGAGUUAAAAGACGACGUGUUUUCCGUAUCGCCCGGACCAUGGAGAGACAAAGAGUUAAAGACCCUGCAGGUGUUCUGCUUCGCUACAAGAAGAUCCUUGUAACCUAUCAGAAGUUGAAGAGCAUGUCUAGAGCAUUCCAGGUUCACGGGGUGGACCGCAACACCGUGGCCUCCACCACACCUAUUGCAGAGUUGCUCCUGGUAGCCCCAGAGAAGGUAGCGGAUGUUGGUGAAUUCGAUUCAUCCAAAGAGAAGCUUCUGGAUUACGCAAGGCGUUGUUAUAAAGCUCUGGAUGAGGCUUCUCACGCAAAGGUGCAGGCCUUAAAGAAGAGCAACCUUUUGCUGCCCAUUUCAUACAGGUUUCGGCACUGAAUUUUAAAAACAACAUAUUCCUGUUUUGGUGAGAAGCGGAGUUGUGAUAUUGAGGUAGUGGUUUGAAAAAUAUGGAGAAACGUGGGAUAUUUUUUCUUUUUUUAUCCCUGCCUCAGCUUUUGGAGUUAAAACUGUUAAAAUCACAACUUUGAGUUUUUGGUGAUGGUAAUUCCACAUGGUGCAAGAAACAUUGUUUUUGUUAAUGCUGUAAUUGUAAAUGGGAUGGCUGACGAUUCAAUCCAUAUUUAUAUUAUUUAUCAGCUUGUUUGAUCCCAGCUGGAAUGUUUGAGCUCAUUUCAAAUUAUGUUGACCAAGAAAGAAAUGGCCAAUCCUAAAAAGUGAAAAAUAGUCAAUAGAAAAAAAAAACAGUCAAUCACUGUAUUUGAAGGGUAACUUUAUAUUAUUUAAUAUAUGCUAAAGUUUGUUAUUGUGAAGUUUGGAAAAAGUUACUGCACCUUAAAGGUAAAAGUAAAUGUCAUAUCAUCAAAUGUAUGUGUUUGGAGUGAUAUAAGGAGCCGCUUGGGAUCUUUUUUUUGAUAAAAUCACUUGGGCUGAAGAUCGUGUAAGAAAUAAAGUUUACAAUUUGCUACACUCUCAGAAAAGAAAAUCAUCUUAUAUCAUCUUAAGACCUUCUAGGUCUUGUCUGUAUUAGUCAAUCAUUCAAAAUAUUUUUGUUUUGACAAAUAGAAGCACAUCAGCCUGAACAUUCAUCUUUAUAAUGUGCAACAGCAUAGAUUAUUUUCUGCCUAGAUCUGCUUUCUAAAUCAUUAGUGAUAUUGUAAUCACAGGUAUUGUUUACUUUUGUGUAAUUGUGUUUUCUGCACACUUUUGGUACAAUUUUUUUGACUACUCAUGAGGUACUAAAGCAAACCUCAAAUAUAUAUUUGUUUAUUAAAAUUUUGUUGUUGAUAAAAUAUUAUUUAUGAUAGAAAACCAACAGUGUUUUUGUGUUUCAACUAGUCAAUGCUAAUUGUUUAUUUGUAUUUUUGAUAUGACUGUACAAGAGAUUACAUAAUGCUAAUGCGGUGUUUAUACAUUUACUACAUUUUAGUUUACAUUGCAUUUAGUGUUAUGGCCCUUUUUUUACAUACACUAUUUUUUGUAUUGUUAUAAAGCUGUAUGUUUCAAAACUACAUCCUUAUGUAUAAUUAAAGAUCUCCAACA